CAUUCGACCUAAUAAUGCAACGCAAUUAUUACUAGGAUAUUCAUAAUCAUUAUUUAUAUAAUCAAAUACUGUUAAGGCGUGAUUUAAUAGCAGGAGGGUUCGCAUUGUUUUAUACAGCACAUUUUACAGAACACAUCCGUUCACUUCAUGCAAUACAAGCAGAUAAAUGGUCUCACUUCAAAACAAUUCUGAUACAUUUAACUACUCCAUUUUUUCAUUUCUUUAAGCAGGAUAUCAUGACUGUUGUGAUUGGAUUUGAGGGAAGUGCUAAUAAGAUUGGUGUAGGUAUAAUCAGAGAUGGGGAAGUCCUGUCAAACCCCAGGCGUACGUACAUCACACCACCUGGCCAAGGGUUCUUGCCUGCUGAGACAGCAAAACACCAUCGUAGUGUUAUUCUUACUGUUGUUCGGGAGGCACUAGAUGAAGCUGGGCUCAAACCUGCAGAUAUUGACUGUGUGGCUUACACCAAAGGGCCUGGAAUGGGGGCCCCUCUGGUGACGGUUGCGAUUGUGGCCAGGACACUUUCCCAAUUGUGGGGCAAACCUCUCCUGGGGGUUAACCACUGUAUAGGGCACAUAGAAAUGGGCCGUUUAAUCACCCGUGCCCAAAACCCCACUGUGCUGUAUGUGAGUGGAGGGAACACACAGGUUAUUGCAUAUUCUGAACGGCGUUACAGGAUAUUUGGAGAAACAAUAGAUAUAGCUGUGGGAAACUGUCUGGACCGGUUUGCAAGAGUCAUCAAGAUAUCAAAUGAUCCAAGUCCUGGUUACAACAUUGAACAGAUGGCAAAGAAAGGCACCCAGUACAUAGAGCUGCCUUAUACAGUGAAGGGCAUGGAUGUUUCAUUUUCUGGAAUUUUGUCCUAUAUAGAGGAUGCUGCUCACAAAAUGUUGCGAGUCGGUCAGUGUACUCCUGAGGAUCUGUGUUUCUCUCUACAAGAGACUCUGUUCGCUAUGCUUGUGGAGAUAACAGAAAGAGCCAUGGCUCACUGCGGUUCUCAGGAGGUUCUCAUUGUUGGCGGAGUUGGGUGUAACCUGCGACUGCAGGAGAUGAUGGGGGUUAUGUGUAAAGAAAGAGGGGCUCGACUAUUUGCCACAGAUGAGAGGCAGGAUGGGAAAUGUUCCGCUCGGGUCACGUCACAGAUCUGCCAGACUCCUGGAUUACACAAAGGUACAGAACAGAUGAGGUGGAAAUUACAUGGCGAAACUGAUUUGUGCAGUAGUUCCAAGACUUAACUCUUGGAACUCGUGGAUUUGAAUAUAACUAAAUAAAGUACUAGUAAUAUGGAAAUAAGACCGUUCAUUAGAACAAGGAAUAAGAAUGUUUAAUUUAACGUUUCAGGGAAAUAAAUGCAGAAAUUUGUUUGUAAAGAACUUUUGUACAGUAAAAGCAUUUUAUGAGAAUGACUAAUUAAAUCAUUUUGUCUACUACA